UUUUUUCGUAAAGACACGACGAAGCCCGAAAAUCCACUUCGACUAACCAUAGAUUGUUGAGAAGGAUAAUUGGUAGAAUCGGUAUGAUUAUCGUGAGUUGGUUCAUUAGUUUUUAUUUCGCUCACUUAGCUAUCAUCGAUCACGAAGGAACUAGAAACGCAAUUGUGAUCAUUACAUAACUUCUGACGUCUAAGUUCUUGUCCACCACAAUUUAGUUUUUUUAGACCUGUAGUUCAAGCUAUCCUCGAGAAGAUCAAAGAUGUUGGCUGCUCCAUUUCUCAUGCGUGUUGGCACGUACAUGCCACCUCCUCCGGCUGAUGGUGAACUACGCCGCGUUGUUGAAGCAAAAGGGGGAAGAGUUUUAUGACCACAAUCCUUUGUUUUCCGAAGUAUCCUAGAGUCCUGUUCCAUUAAGGGAUGAACAAGAGUAUCUUAGAGUCUUUUUUCUUGAUUAUGUGAAAAGUUCUACUCUAACAGUUAUUGUGUGAAAAGUACUACCCUAUCCUAAUCCUAAUCCUAAUCCUAAUCCUAAUCCUAAUGCUAAUGCUAAUGCUAAUCCUAUCCUACUUUAACACUCGUUGUGUACGUGGUUGUCCGCGAAGCCGAAAAAAGUUUUCAUGAUUGGGUGAGUAACGCUCCUCACGGGAGUUACGAAGUUCUUGGUGCUUUCUACCAACAGGAUCGGGCUGAAGAAUUGCGUAACCAGCGCAAAAUCGAACGUGAUGAGCUAAUUCAUUGUUUGCCUUAUGGCUCGAUACAAGAAUUCACUUCGUCCAGUGGUAAACAUUUUCUUCUGUUUCCUUCUUAGGAUUCUGAAAAUGAGAUGAAGGGAAGAAGUGAAGAACUGCUUUGGGCUCAUCAUCUAAUCGCCAUUGACUGUGACGAUUGCUAAGGAGGUUGUGAAAAAAGGGUCGGCCUUUCCUGAAAUGGUUGUUGCUCUAGGCGAAACUGCGGACGAUAUGUCGCCUCGUGGCCGUCGAUACGUCACGGAUGUGAUCCCACAGCGACCUUUGGUUAUGGCUACAGUUGGCAUACUCGAUAUAAGACAAGCACAUGAGUAAAGACAACCGGUUAGUUUUUACCUCGUAGUUCAUUCUCCCUUGAUGACUUCAGAGAAGCGACGGUAGGGUAGAACACUCACUCCAUGACUUGAUGGGUGGUUAUCUUUCCUGGUAAGAAAGAGGUACCUACGUAGUUUUUCAUCAUCACUGAACACCUGAAUGUCAGUCCUUGAGAAUCAAUAGUGUUUUUUUUACGAUAGUUGUAGUAAAGACCAACACGGUAAGCAUCCUAAGCAGUGCUGGGCUCCCUUUCAAAUUGGAAUAAGAGUUCUUGUAGAGCAAUAUCCUAGUAAAAAGUGGGAACUCACUUCUUCACCGUAAAAACAGUGAGCAAACUACUAGCUCUAAUUUUUGCCAAGGAGGGCAAACGUCGACUUUUGCGUCUGCGAAAUCGGCUGGAGCAACAGGAAACAAACCAGUUUUGUCGACUGAUACGCUUUUAUGGCCAACAUGGAGUGUCCAUCUCUGUCAGCAUCUGUCUCUACGUUCCCUUGUCUGUAUAGAAGAAUGGUCCCAUAGAACCAAAAUACAGGAAAUGGAGGGUAGAUUCAACACCGAUCAUCCUUCAUAGAACCACAAUACAGGGGGAAGAACAAAGCUACUGAAAUGGAGGGUAGAUUCAACACCGAUCAUCCUUCAUUUUUGAAGGAUUGAGGAUUAUGGUACUCAUCAAGCACACUUUCUAACUUUGGCAGCGUCGGUGUUGGGACAAAAUUUGCUGAAUGUAGAUUUGGUCAUCCAGAUGUUGAGGGCAGGGCGAAAGUUGAAUGGCUCGCACUUGAAUCCAGAUGUGCGGCGCUUUAAGAUGGACUAUGCGAAGGAGAGAGUAGGGAAACGUGGUGAAUAAUCUUAUUUAUAUUCUGUGUACAUUUAUUGUGUUGGUGUCAUCUAGGUGUCAGUCUGGAUGAAAAGGAGACAGAAUCCAAGAAUAAUUGGUGAUAAUGAAGAUGAACAAGUGAGUAUUGCAGUGAUAGGUGAAAAUUCCAUUCUAGUACAACAGGAUUGUUGUAGCGAUUCUACAACAUGUUUGUAGGACAUCGGACACAAUAUACUGGGUUUGACAUGUAGAAAGACUUGACAGAAGAUUGCUCAUGUUAUGAAUUACCUUAUAAGUUGGCAAGGGAAGGUAAAAGAUGAAGGUCUGUGUGGAUAUUUAUUGUUAUGAAUGAAAGAUGUACUAGCUGCUAGGUAGCGCUAUACUCACAAGUUAAUAUUAAGGUCGAAUAUCUCAUCAAAGAUGUACUACCUACUAGCACUUUUUUGAAGUAUUUGUUGUUGAAAAAUAGAUUUUUUUACGGAAGUAAAAAUGUUUUACGAGCGCGCGACGCUUGCUCUAUAGCCGUAUGCUAGAGAUUUCCUGAUUGUGCUUUUGCUUUUGGGAAAUCGUUAGAAUCAAGUUACUGGUAUAAUUUGGAAUGCUGAAAAGGAAGAUUGAGUUUUGAACAUUUUCACUGGUAAUCGUUGAAGUAAAUCCUUGUUGAUGACAUGCAGCUUGUUAAGGUGAAUUAAGUAUAGCAAAAGGAUUAAAU